AUGGUUCGCUUGUCUCUUGCUCUGCUGCUCGGCCGGGUCGCGAGCUCUGCCUCUGCGUACCUUCAAUACUCAACCGUGACAGGGUACUUCUUGCAGGAUGACAACUCGACCAACGCAACCACAUUUGACUACACUGCCACGAACUUUGGCCUGAUCAACCAAACCUACCCGACCGACGGGGCAAACGGCGCCUCACUCACGCAAUGGCAACGAUUCGCCGGCCUGAUCGCCAACCUCACAAAGACAGCCCCGUCGAACGUGCAGUACAAGCUCCUCUUCCUCGGCCGCCACGGCGAAGGCUGGCACAACGCCGCCGAGUCCUACUACGGCACCCCGGCCUGGAACUGCUACUGGUCGCUCCUCGACGGUAACGCCACAGCAAUCUGGAGCGACGCCCACCUCACGGACAACGGCAUCGCCCAGGCGCAAACGGCCCGCGACUUCUGGCUCUCGCGCAUCCAGCUCGAAAAGAUCCCCACCCCGCAAACGUACUACACAUCGCCGCUCUACCGGUGUCUCUCGACCGCGAACCUCACGUUCUCGGGGCUGCCCCUCCCCAAGGACCAACCUUUCAUCCCCACCGUCAAAGCAUUCCUCCGAGAGGGCAUCUCCGAGCACACGUGCGACCGCCGCUCCAACAGGACCUACAUCCACGCCGAGUUCCCGACAUAUAUCUUCGAGGCUGGCUUUCCUGAGACAGACCAGCUCUGGACGGGCGUCACGGCCGAGACGUCCACCGCGCAGGACGCCCGGUCCAAAACGCUGCUGGACGGGAUCUUCGCGGCCGACAAGUCGACGUACAUUUCCUUUACGUCGCAUUCCGGCGAGAUCGCGUCCCUUUUGCGCGUUCUCGGCCAUCGCACCUUUUCGCUGAGUACUGGGGCUGUUAUUCCGGUGUUGGUCAAGGCGGAGAAGGUUGCUGCGACGAGCACCAUCUCGGCGCAGCCCUGGACGGCGAGUCCGCACUGUACGGUUCCUCCUGUGAGUAGUGUUAGUGGAGGUGCGAAUGGCGGGUGUGUUUGUCCCGGUGGUGUUGCGCCGGUUACGACUACGUUGCCGCCUUUUGCGGCGAGUACGUAG